AUGGUCAACGAAAAGGACCAUUCAAAUGUCGAACGCAACGACUCGUUCCCAAGUCCAUCGUCCGAUGAAGAGUCGAACAUCGGUGACGAGUAUAUUCCCAAUGAUUUAUCGCAGGUCCCUACCAAUUCUAGUGCUGUAGCACGCACAUUAUCGGUCGUGCGGACUCGCGAAUCCGGGAAAGAUCUUGGCCCGCCGCCAGAUGGGGGCUUUCAGGCAUGGCUACAGGUCGCCCUGGGGCAUAUGAUCAUCUUCAACACAUGGGGCUACAUCAACAGCUUCGGCGUAUUUCAGACAUACUACACUACUUCCUUAGGCCGAUCCCCGUCGGAUAUUUCCUGGGUGGGCAGCAUCCAGAUUUUCCUGCUAUUUUUCAUCGGCACUUUUUCCGGACGAGCCACUGAUGCGGGCUACUUCCGCUUCACCUUGACCGUCGGGGCCACGCUGGAGGUGUUCUGUAUCUUCAUGACAUCGCUCUGCACAGAGUACUGGCAGCUCUUCCUGGCGCAGGGACUGGGACAGGGAAUUGGGUGCGGGCUGAUGUUUUGCCCAACCUUGGCUCUGAUCUCAACCUACUUUGAUAAGCGGCGGGGGAUUGCAAUUGGUCUCACAGCGUCAGGCUCGGCCACCGGUGGACUCGUGUUCCCAGCCGUGGUGUUGCGUCUGCUGCCACAGAUUGGGUACGGGUGGACCAUGCGCGUCCUGGGCUUCAUCACUUUGGCAACGUUGAUUCCUUGUGUGUUGCUAUUCAAACAGCGGCUGCCCCCGCGUACUAGUGGGCCACUAGUGGAGUGGACGGCGUUCAAGGAGCUCCCAUAUCUGCUGUUUGCCGUGGGAAUGUUCUUGAACUUCUGGGGGCUCUAUGUGGCCUUCUUCUAUAUCGGUAGUUUCAGCACCGACAUCAUCGGUGCCUCGGAAACGACAUCCAUCUACCUUUUGAUGGUGAUGAAUGGAGUUGGAUUGAUUGGACGAUUGAUCCCCAACUUCAUGGCCGAUCAAUUCACCGGCCCAUUAAACCUGUUGAUCCCGUUUAGUUGCGCCACUGCUCUGGUAGCAUACUGCUGGACUGCCGUCAACAACAUGAACGGCCUGUGGGCCUUUGCUGCCUUCUAUGGAUUGAGUGCAGCCGGUAUCCAGUCAUUAUUCCCUGCUACCCUGAGCACACUUACGACCGAUCUAAAGAAAACCGGAGUGCGCAUGGGCAUGGUCCUUAGCGUGGUGGCAGUCGCUGCCCUGAUCGGAUCACCUAUUGCUGGUGCCCUAGUAUCGAGCGAUGGUGGACAAUACUUGUACGCACAGAUGUUCAUGGGCAGUGCCAUUAUUGCAGGCACUUUGACGCUGAUCGGGGCUCGAGUGUGCAAGGUGGGCACAGGGAUUGCCCGCGUAUAA